UACAUUUUAUCGUGAAGAAGACGGCGGGACUUUGGGGGGAACUGAACAGACCAUCAAAUCUGGAUGCAGCGCUGCUCUUCACAAGUUUUCGAGAGAGAGGAACGAGGAAGAUGAACCAUUUCUUGGGUUCCAUCCUCCCUUCCUGCAACUAACCACUAUCUUCUCCCAAAAGCAGAGCCCUAAGACGAUUCAAAUCAUUUGCACGCGCUCCAUCACGAAAGAAGUUAUGGCUUAUUCAGAGUCGAUGAGUGCAGAGAGAGAACUAAUACAAGUCAACACCGCUCCCAGGAACCCUCGGAUUUUACUUGGUGCUUGUGGAAGUGUGGCUGCAAUGAAGUUUGGAAAUCUUUGUCGUUGUUUCUUUGGGUGGGCAGAAGUAAGGGCAGUUGCCACAAAAGCCUCCUUGCAGUUUAUUGAUAGAGCAUCUCUACCAAAAGAAGUAAUUCUUUAUACUGAUGAGGAUGAAUGGUCCAGCUGGAAAAAAAUAAGUGAUCCUGUACUUCAUAUUGAACUCCGCAAAUGGGCUGAUAUUAUGGUUAUUGCUCCUUUGUCAGCAAAUACACUUGGCAAGAUUGCUGGUGGCCUCUGUGACAAUCUGCUGACAAGCAUUGUGCGAGCCUGGGACUUCAGCAAACAACUCUUUGUUGCACCUGCUAUGAACAGUUUUUCGUGGACCAAUUCUUUCACUGAACGACAUAUUGUGUUGAUUGAUGACCUUGGAAUUUCUCUCAUCCCACCUGUCACAAAGAGGCUGGCUGGUGGUGAGUAUGCGAAUGGAGCAAUGGCUGAAGUUGAUCUAAUCUACUCGACUGUAAGACUCUUUUGGGAGUCACGAAUUCGACAAGGUGAACUAAGGGUUGGUUGACAUGAUAUGGAUAGAAUUACAAUUUGUUUGCCGUAAUUCUUUAACAAUGGUAUUGUUGU